GUUUUGAUUUAUUGAAUUACUUUUAUUGAGAGAACUUGCAUUUUUUCCCCUUAAAACCCUUCAAAUUUGCGUCAUUCUAUUGAUUUCACCUUAUUAAACAUGACAGUAACUAGUAAAACUAUCUACCUAGGAGUCAUAUUUCAAGCUCUAUAAAAUCUGUAAAAUCCAGGAGCUUCCGUGGGCUUGGCCCCCACCAGGACUUCGCUUUGGACCCACUGGUGGCCUCACGACGGCCCUUAGACCCCUGCCUUAUAAACUUGGCCCCCUAACAGCAAUUCCUGGAUGCACGCCUGUCCACUGUCUGUCAAGACAUUGAGCAUUAUUAUAUUGGGGACAAGGACAAUAAGAUAGAACUACAUGGACAGUGUAUAUAUUUACAUUUGAUGUUGGAUUUUCUUACUCAGAGAAUUUUUUUUUAUUUUGAUUCAUAUCUUAAAUGUGAGUGUGUAACUUUGACCAAAUACAUACAAAUAGCCAAUCCAGUACUGGGCCAUGUAACCCCCCCCCCCCAAAAAAAAGAAUGUAACAGGAGUGCAGACACGACCCAUGACAAAAUAUAGCAAAUUUCGGUUACAGUGAUGGAGUAUUUGUGACCAUCAGAUGCUUAUUUUACGUUGGUAAGAACGGGAUUUAGACAAAGUGUAUAAUUCGUAUCAGAGAUGAAAUUUAUUUCGAAGAAUUCCCAGGAGUGACCUUUCGCCGCACGUAACCAGACAGUCUCGCCAUCUAACGGUGGAAGAAGAAUGAAGGGGCAUGGACACGAUCUGAGCUGAAAAUUUUCAAAUUUUAUUUUUCCAAUUUUAUUGUUUACAAUGCUUAAUUAAAGUAUUUCUAAUGGUGAACCAAAAUUUGAAUAUCAGUUGUUGAGUUAUAAGUGAGAUACAACGCUCGCAAUUCUUUGUUAUGUAAACAAGGUUCGUGCCAUGUUUUUGUUUACAUUAGACUGUUUAAUAGAAAAUAGCGUGUUUAAAGCAAAAUGAGAUGUGCCAAAGACUAGAAAAUAUUUAAUUGUGUUAAGAAUUCACUUAUAAAUUGAAAAAAUAUGCUUUAAACGUUAAAAACUUUUUAAAAUGAUUACGAUCUAGUCAAAGAUUAUAUUUUUAAAAUAAUGUGACAUUUACUAAUCAUCAUGCAAUGUAAUUAUGUUUAAAUUGUGUCGAAUGGAUGUAGAAAGGCAAAUUAUACUUUGAGUGUUGUUACUUAGCAACCAAACAUAUUUGUUUGUCAAUAAAAUUGAUUAAUUUGAUUGUGAUGUUUUUGUAGUAUUUUAAAAGACUCAUAGAUUUAGAAUUUCCUAUUUUUGACUGUAAUCUAGUGAGAGGGGUGGUAUUAUAUAUAUUCCAGAGAAAAAAAGAUUUCAAAAAUGUGCACUUAAAUGACCCUUGACCCGAAGAACUCUUUGGGGUCAUGGGAUAACAUGACAAACUUUAUAAAAAAAUGUUCCCUGUCCAAUUCUUAACAAACGCAUAUGUCAUAUGCCUACCCAAAAUCAUGAUACAUGCUGAUGUAACUCGAUUUAAAAAUAUUGUCAUUUAGCCUUUAAAAACCUCUAAAAUGUGCCGGUAGAGAAAGGGUUAAACGAAACUUUUACUAGUUUAUUUAACUUAUGUAAACAAAAACAUGGCACGAGCCUUGUUUACAUAACAAGGACUUAUAACCUCUGUAUCUCCCAUGUACCUUCACUACUGACAUUCAAUCAUUAGUAUUACCUUAGUUAACCAUUCUAAACGUUAAAACUUAAAAAAUGAAGGAAAAUUUUCAGCUCAAAUCGUGUCCAUGUCCCUUUAAUGUCUUCCUACAGACAUAAUAAUUUUUUUCUGUGAUAUAGUUAAACCGCAUCAGUUAAAUUUUUCUAUGUUAAAGAAAUGUUUCAGUAAUAUUUUACGAGAAUUUUGUGACAUUCUAACUUUUAAUUCUCAAAAUAUUUGUUUUUCAUCUUUGAAAGUUAACAUUUUGUUAUCUACUCCACAUGUAACAAUUUUUUUUUUCUUGUUGAUGAAUUGAAUUCUAAUGCAUGCUAUUUAUGAUAUUACACUAUAGUAUUAUUGUUGAUGAAUUGAAUUCUAAUGCACGCUAUUUAUGAUAUUACACUAUAGUAUUAUUGUUGAUGAAUUGAAUUCUAAUGCACGCUAUUUAUGAUAUUACACUAUAGUAUUAUUGUUGAUGAAUUGAAUUCUAAUGCAUGCUAUUUAUGAUAUUACACUAUAGUAUUAUUGUUGAUGAAUUGAAUUCUAAUGCAUGCUAUUUAUGAUAUUACACUAUAGUAUUUAUGAUAUUACACUAUAGUAUUUAUGAUAUUACACUAUAGUAUUUAUGAUAUUACACUAUAGUAUUUAGAGCAUAUCUUCAUUAUUACUUAUAAUUGCAGUUUUGCCUUUCAUUGAAUAUUUGAAAACAAAGUAGACAAGAAUUAUCCAUCUUUUCCGGAAUGUUGUAUAAAUAAAAAUGAUAAUAAAAAUAAUAAAUAAAUGCAAAAAAUAUCUUUUUAUUACUAUAUAUCAAAUGUUUGUAAUCCUUUUACCCAAUAAUAUUAGAAUAUAUUAAAAUUAGUAAUGCUACACAGAGUUUGGUUUUAAGUGGUUUAAUAUCAGCCCCUAUGGUAAAAUAAUGGUCAAAAUGGUGUGUUUAAUUUCUAUCACAUUAUUGUUAUUUUUUGUUUUCCGAAAAAAAUCCAAGUAACUGAGAAAACACUGUGUAAAGACUUUUUCAAACAUAUUAAUUUUUUUUUUCUAAACUGCGUAUCAGUUGUUAUGGGUGAAAGAAUUAAGGUAGCGAAUUUCUGUUUUUAGAACAUUGUAAAGUUGUAAGAGUUAUUUCUCUUUGCCCCAUUUAAGAUAUUUGAAUUUUUCUGAUGGAUAUACACAAGUCUAGACAUGUAAUUUGUUUUUAGCUCACCUGAACCGAAGGUUCAAGUGAGCUAUUCUGAUCACAUUUUGUCCGGCGUCCGUCUGUCUGUCCGUCUGUCUGUAAACUUUUCACAUUUUCGACUUCUUCUCCAGAACCACUGGGCCAAUUUCAACCUAACUUGGCCAAAAGCAUCCUUGGGUGAAGGGCUUUCAAGUGUGUUCAAAUGAAGGGCCAUGUCCCUUUCAAAGGGGAGAUAAUCACAAAAAUGCAAAAAUAGGGUGGGGUCAUUUAAAAAUCUUCUUCUCAAGAACCACUGGGCCAGAAGAGCUGAAAUUUACCUGAAAACUUUCUGACAUAUUGCAGAUUCAAGUUUGUUCAAAUCAUGGCCCCCGGUGGUAGGAUGGGGCCACAAGGGGGGAUCAAAGUUUUGCACACAAAUAUAUAGGGAAAAAAACUUUAAAAAUCUUCUUCUCAAGAACCACUAAGCCAGAAAAGCUGAGAUUUACAUGAAAGCUUCCUGACAUAAUGCAGAUUCAAGUUUGUUCAAAUCAUGGGCCCUGGGGGUUGGAUGGGGCCACAAUAGGGGAUCAAAGUUUUACAUACAAAUAUAUAGGAAAAAUCUUCUUCUCAAGAACCACUGAGCCAGAAAAGCUGAUUUUUACAUGAAAACUUUCUGACAUAGUGCAGAUUCAAGUUUCUUCAAAUCAUGGGCUCCGGGGGUAGGAUGGGGCCACAAGGGGGAUCAAAGUUUUACAUACAAAUAUAUAGUUAAAAUCUUUUUCUCAAUAACCACUGAGUCAGAAAAGCUGAUAUUUACAAGAAAACUUUCUGACGUAGUGCAGAUUCAAGUUUGUUCAAAUCAUGGUCCCCGGGGGGUAGGAUGGGGCCACAAGUGGGGGGGGGGGUCAAAGUUUUACAUACAAAUAUAAAAAAAAAGCUUUAAAAGAACCAUUGGGCCAAAGAAGUUGACAUUUACAUGAAAGCUUUCUGACAUAGUGUAGAUUCAAGUUUGCAAAGGGUAGUUUGGGCCAUAAUAGGGACCAAGGUUUUACAUGCAAAUAUAUAUGGAAAGUCUUCAGAUAUGGGCCAAGGUGACUCAAGUGAGCGAUGUGGCCCAUGGGCCUCUUGUUUUCUGAAAUUUUUGAUAAAUGAAAUAAAUCUACUUAAAAAACUCUAAAUUUUAACUUUUAUUUGUCCUGUAAGAUGACGUUGCCAAUGGUAACCAAAGAAGGCACUGUACACUGUGUCGAAUACCAGAUUUUGACAAAUUCUCAGAAAAGUCUUAAAAUACGUUGAAAUGAAUAAUUACGACAAAAGAAAGUGAAACUGAAAACCUACAUGUAACAUUGCUUUAAUACAAUGCUAUUUUGAUUAUGCAUGUUCUUCUUGGUGUUGUGGUAUUGGCAAACAACUUAAACAAAAUUGCAAGUAACCAAAAACAAAGUUGUCAGAUUCAUUUUAAAUCUAGGUCCUAGAGCUAGCAUUUCUAGUGACAUUCUAGAUUCUUUGGACAUGUUAAGAGUGGAUGACAGAGCUUGAUUGAACCAUGUAUUCAAUAUAUUUCAUGGUAAAGCCCCACAUUAGCUCUGUGAUCAAUUUGUUCUAAACAAUAAUAAUACUAGAAGUGCAACAAACAAAAACUUUAUCAUACCUAAGAUAAAAGGCAAAUAAUCUUCUUGGGUUUUUUUUUUACAAUGCUAUCAAGGAUUCGAAUAAUUUAACUUUAGAUACAACAGACUAAGCAAAGUUUUAAAAAAGCUGUAAAGUCCCUAUUAGCCAGCAAGGCAAGGGGUAUAACCAGAUACAAUGUCCAAUUUUGUUUAAUACUUACUAGUAUUUUUUAACACUUUAGUAUUCUAUUAUAAAAUAUGUCUGAAGCUUGUCAUUUUUCAACGCAUUAUGCAACUACUAAUCAGAACCUGCCAAAAUUCCAAUUGUUAGUCAUGUAAUGUUUAUUUUUGUCUGUUGAUCAUAUAUAUUGUAUAAAUAUAAGGACCUCAUUGGAAAUAACCUAGUUUAAGCUUUUAUGGGUUUCCCUUAGGUUAUUUUAUCAUCAUUUGUCAUGAUAUUCAUAGUUACUUAUUCUUUAACUGUUAUAACUGCAUAGUGCUAUAGAUUAUGCCAGGUUUCAAUUUGUUAUUUCAAAUUUACAAUCAUGACAUUCUAUGAUAUUUUAUACCUGAAUAAAAUGAAAUGAAAUGAACAUGAAUAGCAUACUGCAUGGUUUUCUCGUAGACAUGCACUUAUCAAGGUUUGCAUUUGAGAUUUGGAGUAAUGUUAAUUUUUUUGGUCGUGUAAUUCUGAUUUCUACAUGGAAUUAAAAAGAAAAACUGGGGUCGCAAUACUUGUUAUUGAGCUAUAGUGUACUAAACAUGACCAUUUUGCACUUAAAUGUACUCAAGAUUUCUUAAUUUGUCUGUUGGUGUCAACGCAACAUAAAUCAAUCAUUACAUUAGAUAGAUACAUAAUAAUGUCCUCUAACAAUGCAGAUAAAAGAAAAAGUUUAAUACUAGUAAUGGAAAUAAAUAAUGACAUUUUGGCACUUGAAAUACAAAAAAAUUCAUUAUAUCAAAUUUGAGAGUUGAAAAGGACAUAUCUAGAGUAAUGUCAAAUUCUAAAAUUAUACAUAAUUUUCAAGGUCUUGGUUAAAAAUUUAAAAUGGAACUAAAAAAGUGGGUGUUGGAGAUCAAAUUAUAUAAUUAUCGGCGAAAAUAAUGAAUUUUUAAAUAACUUUCGAGUACAUCUAAAUCAGUUUGAACUUUUGUUUAAGAAUCGGUGUUCUGUUUGGAAAAAUAUAUCAACCACAUUAAUAAAUUACAACAUUUUAACUAGUUUUAAGUCUCAACUACUUUUAUCGUAAAUCAUAAAUAGAAAACAUAUUGGAUGAAACAGAAAUACAGUGUUGUAAUAUCAUGCUGAUUUAGAACUUUUUGAUUAAUCAAUCCUUUCGCCACAAAAAAUAGUACUUGCUAAACCCUUUCAAAAUUUGAAUUGACACAACAUAUUUCAACUGGAUAGGGUUCAGUAAGUGAUGUGAAAUAUGUUUACACCAAUGGGAUCAGUAAAUAAAUACUUACUGUAGUUGUAAGAUCCUGCGCAGUUGUGCUCAAAAGCUCAGAGGCUAAUUUCCGUAAGGCUUACAAAUACAUCAACAUGACACCAAUAUAAAGUCUCUUAAAGGCCUCCGUACAAAUACAGCAUUUUAGUGACACCAGUAGAAAGCCUCUUAACAUGUUAAGCCUCUAUACAAAUACAACAAGGUGACAGACCAGAGCGUCGGCAGCCUUCGCUAUAUAGUAAAUCAAGGUCAGAUGUAUUUCGUCUUGUAAACACACAUUAAAAUACCAGCUUGCAAGUUGAUAGAUAGUGAUCUCGAAUAAUUGUCAGGGAGUAUUUCAUUCAACACUGGACCUGACAGUAGUAUGUGGGUAACUAUUGCCAUUGUUCUUUUAUUGGUUUCUCUGAUUUGGAGUCUGACCGGACGACGCAAGGGGCUUCCCCCCGGUCCGACAUGUUACCCCAUCAUUGGAAAUGUCGGCCUAUUCAAACCGUCAGAAGCCGUGCAAGCACACAGGAGACUGAGGAAUAUGUAUGGAGAUAUCUACACUGUGAUGAUCUUCCACAAACCUAUGAUAGUCGUCCACGGAUAUCAAAACAUUCGAGAACUUUUUCUUAAACAUGGUGACAUGUUUUCUGAACGACCAAACGCUUAUCCUGCUGAAGUUAUUGCCAAGAAAAAAGGUCUUGUCUGGUCGUCUGGUCCACUGUGGAAGGAACAGAGAACAUUCGCGCUGACAACGAUGCGUAAAUUUGGAUUCGGGAGGCGCUGCAUGGAAAGUCAGAUCAUUGAAGAAGUAGACUGUCUAAUGAACGAACUGGGAAAAUAUGAAAACAUGGCUUUUGACAUUCAGAUGCUUCUGAACACGUCUGUAUCAAACGUCAUUUGUUCAGUUUUGUUCGGGAAAAGGUUUGACUACGAGAACGCUAAGUUCAAGCAUCUCAUUACUUUGUUAAAUAAAUUAUUCACCAGCGUCAAUGCCUCGUCACCUGCCUUCAUUUUCCCUUGGUUACGUCAUAUCAAAAUGUUUAACUUCAGUGGGGCGACGGAAUACGCCGAUUCUUUGUUUUGUUUCGUAGCUGGAAUAGUGGAGGAACACAAACGAAAUUUUGACGAGAAUAACAUCAAUGAUUACAUUGAUGCUUUUCUUCUGGAACAGAAAGGAAGAGCUAAAGAAGAGGACACCACAUUUUCAGAUGAGCAACUCAAUCACAGUGUACGAGACUUUUUUGGCGCGGGAACUGAAACGACUUCAACUACAUUGAGGUGGAUGCUUCUGUACCUAAUUCAUCAUCAGGAUUGGCAGAAGAGGCUCCAGAACGACAUUGAUGACGUCAUCGGCCAGGGACAACCUAAAAUGGAACACAAGGAUAAAUUACCAAGGGUAGAAGCAUUUAUUCUGGAAGUUCAGCGCUUGGGAAAUCUGGUUCCUCUAAAUGUGCCACAUACAAGUAAAGAAGAUUUCAAGUACAACGGAUACAUUUUCCCUAAGGGUGCUAUUGUUUUUGGUGCUUUAGAUUCUGUGAUGUCGGAUCCUGAAAUUUUUUCUGAGCCCUCCAACUUUAAACCAGAGAGAUUUAUGGAUGAUAGCGGAAAAUGUUGUGGGGACCAGAAAACCAAAUUGAUUCCUUUUUCAAUAGGGCGCAGGUCAUGUCUUGGGGAGUCACUCGCCAGAAUGGAACUAUUCCUCUAUUUCACCAGAUUUCUACAAAGGUUUGAAGUCAAGCCAGAGGAUCAAGAUCGUCUACCUCCUCUGGAUGGGAAAUUAGGGGUUACAAACAUGCCACAGUCCUUCAACCUGAGACUGGUCAACCGUUAAAAGUGACAAUGUCUGUUUACUGUGGUGAUAGAUAAGGUAUAGACGAAAUGGAUUGAUCUUAUUCAUCAAAUUGCAUGUGUCACCUACUGUGUAUGAUCUCUCAUCAGUUUUAAACUGUCAAAAUUGAUAUAUGCAAUCAUGUCUCUUUUAAAACACCUUUACCGGUUUACCGGUCACAAUUAACCCAACUUAACAAUUUGUAUAGAUAUAGUGUAGUGUGUCAUUCAUAUCUAGUGAUCAGUCAUUCAAAAACUUACUUUGUUAAAUACCACUCUGAUUCCACGCACAAGUACUCUGAAAUUGAAAUAAAAAAUAUGCUAGAGUUCCUCAUUGACAAUAUCUUCGUGGCCUUUGGUGAUCAAGUCUUCCAACAGUCUGUUGGAAUUCCCAUGGGCACGAAUUGUGCUCCUUUGUUAGCUGACCUGUUUCUAUAUUCAUAUAAAGCAGAAUUUAUUCAAAAACUUUUACGUGAGAAGAAUAAAUCUCUCGCUGUGGCCUUCAGUUCGACAUUUCGAUAUAUCGAUGGCGUUUUGUCUAUUAAGGGCAGAUGAUACAAACAAUUUUUUUUUCUUUCGAAGAGACUUUAUAUGAUGUCAUUCUUUUAUAAAAGUGGAUAAUUCCUUGAAUUCUUUUCCCCUUUGACUUGGAGAGUGAAAUAUUUUCUGUAUUUCCAAAAAAGUACAAAACAAUAGUUAUCAUGGUAAAUUAGUUUAUUCUUCAUUUGUUUACCUUUUCUAUACCUAAAACAAUGGUUGUCAGGGAGAACAGAGUGUACUGAUAUUAGAUUUACAACAUAACAUGUAAAAUAUUAAUGCAUUACAAAUUUUACACUUGGAAAAUAUCAAUUGCUGCUUCAAUAAAAUUACAUAUAUGGAAUAUGUUGACUUAAUGUUUAAAGUGUAAUAUAAACUUAAAAAUCAUAUACCAUACGGGGUGAAUUUUCUGUGUAGAAGCAAAAUUGUAAAAAUCACAUUGGCUGAUUUUCUAAAGACAAAGAAGAGUUAUCUCCCAUAAUAUAAGAGUAAAAUUUUACAAUUUCUGAAAAUAAUUUACAAUGGCAUUUGUGAUUUUCCUGUUUUUGUUGUUUUUUUUUAAUUUUUUUUUUUAUGUUUUUGUUUUGUCACUCUUGAUUUUCCUUUGCUAUUCAUCUCUGAAAAAAAUAAAGAAAUGCCUAAUACAGGAUCUCUUUGAUGUGCCAUUUUACGUUAGUUUCUGCAUUAUGACAUUUCCCAGUAGAAACAGGAGAAAGAUGGCUGCAUGCUUCCUUCUGACAUCUCAUAUAUAGCAAUGAUCCAAGUCCAUAACGUUUUCCGUCCUCACAAUGUCUUAUGCGUUGUUAAAUCUAGUGGUCUACCACACGCAGCACAACCUUUUCCCAAAUUGUCCACUAGAAUUCCAAGUUCCACAACUCGUCUCCCACUUCUCCAUCAAAUCAUCUCCUCAUGCUCUUCUUCCGAUUCUUCACUCUCUGAUACAUCAGAUGGAUACGUGUCUUCAUUUCCUAGGCAUUCUUGUAAAUUAUCACCAGUCAAACAAUUUUUUCUUGAUUCCAACUUCUCCUCGAUCACAUCAACAUUCACUAUCUUACGUCCAAGGGAUAAUGCAUAACCUUUCGUAGCAUUCUGUAACCUUUCAUGACGUUUUUUACCAAUAAUUUUUCCUGAUUAUUUCCUCCUGAAUGAUUCUGGCACCAUUGUUUACUGACCCCCUUCCUGCUCUUAAAACACAGAAGAGUUCCAAACAACUAUAAAUGAGAAAACCAAAACCAACCAAACUAUUUUUCUACCAUGGGAACUCUUCAGUGCUAAAGAUAGAAAAAAUUGUUUAUAUCAUCUGGCCUUAACAAUAAUAACUUUCAUUCAUAUGUCAAUUUGAUAUAUCCCUGUGAGCUCGAAAUGAAGGACACCACAGAGUCAUCCGCUUCUGCUUCAUACUUAGAUAUUUUAUUGAAAGUAGACAUUAACGGCAAAUUGACAACUCAACUGUAUGACAAACAGUUUUCAGCUUCUCCAUCGUCAACUUCCCAUAUUUACGUAGCAAUAUUCCAUUAUCACCUGCAUAUGGUGUUUAUUAUGGCAUGUCAAACGUUGCAAUAUUUGAUCUUUUCCAUUUGCAUUGUAUAAUUAUCCAUUUGUAUUCUAUAUUUUCCAUUUGCAUUGUAUAAUUUUUCAUUUGCAUUGUAUAAUUUCCAUUUGUAUUGUAUGUUUUUCCAUUUGUAUUGUAUGUUUUUCCAUUUGUAUUGUAUAAUUUUCCAUUUGUAUUCUAUAUUUUCCAUUUGUAUUAUAUAACGUUUUCGUUUGCAUUGUAUAAUUUCCAUUUGCAUUGCAAAAUCUUUCAUUUGUAUUGCAUCCGAGGGAUUGUUUAUUUUGAUUUGUUACGAAGGAUUUCAUUAGUUUAGGUCCCACUUAUGUUUAGCUGUCACCAGCUGCAGGUGACGUACCACAAAUAGACUGUACGGGCACAGUGGCGUAGCAGUGGGGAUUCUUUAAACAAUAUAUAUCUAUUUGCCAAAUACUCAGUACAUGAAUGGAAUUAGGUAGCAGAAACAGCCUAUUUUAGUUUUCUCCCAGGGUUUUAAGGUCACAUUAUCCGAAAGAUCCGUGAUUCUCACUUUUAGAUAGCAAUGCGUAUGGGAAAGUAUUAACUAAUUUACGUCUAAAGUUUGACACGAGUAGAAUUCGAACAAGCGACUUCACGGUUACGAACCAAAGGGUAUAUCACUGAACUACCGCGAUCGGUUCCAUAUUUAAGGACUAGUUGAACAUACAUGUUGCUAGCAAUGAGGAAUCUUGCGCCUGGAGACCCCCUCCCUCCCUUCACAAAUAUGAUAUUUUGUAUAUAGAUGUCGAAAAAAGCAUGCAUGUACGUUUUAUUUUGUCAGAACGCACUUGUUCCAGGGGCGGAUCCAAGAAUUGCGGUUACGGGGCGCCACUUUAUGAAGCAGGGGGUCUGGCCCCCGGAAGCUCCCAGAUUUUACAGGGUUUGAAAUGUGUCAUUUUUAAUAUUUAGUGAAAUUAGUAAAAUGACGCAAAUUUUAAGGGUUUCUGGGAAAAUUAAGUUCUCUCAAUAAAGUAAUUCAAAAAAUCA